AUUACACUGCAACUUCUCAGUUUUCACUUGGCCAUUGAGUUUCAGACAGACAGAGAAAGAGAGAGGUUCCGUUAAACAGCCAAGAAAGUGGAAGCUUUUCUUUGGGAGGAGAGAGAGAGGCUUUGAAAUCUUUUGCACAAUGAGAAAGAAGUUAUGGUUUCUGCAAUGUCUUUUGUUGCUGGAAUGCUUUCUGGCAGCGGGGGCAACGGUGCAAGAGAAGGCAGAUGCAGCAAUUCCAGCGACCACACUGUCGCCUCCAGAAGGGAACACGACGUUCGUUGGGGGCACAACAUGGUGUGUGGCUCUCGCAGGUGCGUCUCAAAUCGAUGUGCAGAAUGCGUUAGACUGGGCGUGUGGGCUUGGGAUGGCUGAUUGCUCUCCAAUCCAAGAGGGUGGAGCCUGUUUUGAACCAGACACUCUCCUCUCUCAUGCUUCUUAUGCUUUUAACAACUAUUACCAGCAAAAUGGGAAUUCUGAUAUUGCUUGCAAUUUUGGAGGCACUGCCAUUCUUACCAAAAAUAACCCUAGUUAUGGAAAAUGCAAUUAUGCUGCCUCUGGUUUGGGGUAUGUUCUGCUGCACUGAUCUAUCCAGUCGUCAGCACCUCCAUUGUCAAAGUGCAUGCCAAACUUUGUAUGGUGGAAGCUUGCUGGGAUUUUGGUGCUUUUGUGUUUGAUAAGCUGAGAAUGUGGAUGAAGCAGAUGUGGUUACCAAUUGUGUAAAUGAAAAGGGUUAAUCACGAGUAAGCUAUUUUCAAUUAUAUUUUAGGUUAUUUUUAAUCUUUUUUUGUAAUUGGAAUCCCUAAAUUAUUCCUGCCUUUGUUUGAGGGUUUUGGAUAUAUGGUUUUGCAAUGGAAUCCUAGUUGUGCCUUU